AUUAUUAUUAUUAUUAGCCGGCUUGUCAAGCUUAAUAAGCUUUUUUUAUAGUUUGAGUUUGGCCUUUUUAUCUAAAAAGACUUUUUAAAAAGCUUGAGCUUGACCUUUAUAGUAAACAAGCCAAGCCGAGCCGAGCCUUACAUAGGCCGAGCCAAAAGCCCUCGACAAGCUGUUCGACUCAUUUCCACCCCUACCGCCAACCAGUCAUUGAACUCUAUAGUACUACUGAGAUCCCCCUCCCUCUGAGUCAUACUCACUCUCUCAAAUGGGUGCCUGAUGCUGUUAAAGUCACUCAAAAUACACCAAAGGCCAGUGGGUGCCAGGCUCUUAAGUUGCCUAAUGGAAUCCCAUAAGAUGCGCUUACAGGCUGCAUCACAUGGUGCAUAUACAUUCACAAUGAAAAUUUUCUGCAUCUCUUGAGUCCACGUGCCCUCCAAUAGGAUAUAUCCCCUACCGGAAACCCUCAUUUCCCCUUUAAAAGUUUGUUUGUUCCAUACGCAAAGAAGUCCACUAGCUGUGUUAAUCGUCGACUGAGAUUCCCAAUUCAUAUCGCUGUCCCCCCAUAGAGAUAUGCACAUGGCCCUAUCUAUAUGAUCUUUCUUCGUCUCCUGAAUGCACAACAGUCAACAUGGUGUUUCUGGACCAGUCUUCUGAUAGCUGUCCAUUUCACCCCUCUCCCUAAUCCUCUGACAUUAUAGGAUAGAAUAUUCAUGAUGAACUAAUUCUUUUUCCCAGUAACUCUGCGUUGUUCCUGUCUAUUAUCUCCAUUGAAGAAAUUUUUUCAAUGAUUUUUGGUUGUUUUGACCCCCAUGUCAUCCCCAAAUCUUUUGCCAUUUCCCAUUGCGCUGUUGCUUCUUCGAUAAAUUUGUUGCUACAUUGGUCCCUACUUUGUGAUGUCUUCGUUUGUUCUGGCUGUGAGUUAGGAUCCAUUGAGUCUGAAUCAUAGUCUGAAAUCGAGGGAGCUGUGUAUCCUUCGUUGCCUCUAAUUGCUGUUUGCAUUCCUUGUCGGGGUUGUUUUUGGGGAUGUGUAGCUUUUGUUUUUACAGGUAAAUAUUCUGUCCUGCUCGGUUGGGCCACUUUCUUUCUGCACCCCCUGGCCCUUACAUACACCUUAAAAUCGCUCCCCGUCUCCGCUACCUGCUCUUGGUGUUUUUCCCCUUCACAAUUUAAAACUGCUCCUUCCGUGUGGAUGGUAAGGCCCAAAUCAGGAUUAGGCCCAGUAGGUUCCAAGUGUGGGUCACGUGAGUUUUUGAAUGAAGUUUUUUGUGACCCGUUGUGAUUUUGACUCUCAGCCUCCUUUUGACCAAUCUCCAAGACAUAUUCUGCUUUUCCAUAAAUGCUUUCCGUGCACCCCACCAGCUCACACAACUCACUUUCCUUUUUUUCCCCUUGAGUUGGCAGUGCUAUUCGCGUUCCCACCUGCACCUUCACCGCUAAUGGCAAUUUCUUCCGACAUUGGGCCAGCUUCGAGCGCGAUGGUUUUCCCCUUGUCACUUUUUGUCACGCACUGGUCAGGUAUAGAGCCGUGUGCCUUGCUACUUCCUUCAAUACCCGUUGGGUAUUCAUUCCCUGGGAGACUGCUUGGUAUUUUCUCAACCCAAUGGACGUUGCUUCCAUCCAUGGCUUUGGUGGCGAGAAACCUCGGCGAAGGACCACUGUACCCAGUCAAUGGUGUGUCGAAGUCGCUAACGUCGGACGUAAUUUCUUCCGAUGACCCGGAGAAGCUCCGCCGGUGUCGGGCUCGCCUUCCUUCUGCGCUGUGAGUUUCUUCCACCAUCUGAACUAUGUGGGUUUCGCCGCCGAUGAGGACUGCUACUGAAUGGUGGAUUAACGAUCGCCAAGGGAUUUUGAUAAGGAUCCUUGCCCUGUCCAACCUCCGCCUUUCUUCCACAUCGUCAUCAAAGUCCACCAAAGAUUUACAAUUUUACCCUAAUUAAUUCUAAAAGUGUUCACAAAGAUUUACAAUUUUACCCUAAUUACUGUAAUUACAUUGUACUGUAUAACUGCGAUAACAUCAACAAAAGUCUUAUCCUCCACAAACAAGGUGGGAUUGACUAUAUGGAUCACACAAAGCCAUUGGGUUCAAUUAAAUACCAAAUUCUCAAGGAUAUUGUUCACCAUGAGAUCCCUUUACAAUUUUCUCCAAUGUCCUUCUUGGUCUUCUUCUACCCCCUUUCACAGUGUUAAAAACCAUACAAUUUACUUUCCUCACCAGUGUUUCUGGUGGCCUUCUUUGCAGCUGUUCAAACCACCUACAUAGCACUGAUAAUUGAAAGUUGCAUAAAGAAGAGACUUCAAUGGAAUAGUUGUUAUGCUCGUAAAGUUUGUAAAGAAAGUGAAUAUUAUGAAGAGAUGAUGCGUUACUUGCGGAAGAAUCUUGCUCUAUUUCCUUAUCAUCUGGCCGAGUAUAUUUGCCGUGUAAUGAGAGUAUCGCCAUUCAGAUAUUAUUGUGAUAUGAUUUUUGAAGUAAUGAGAAAUGAGCAACCUUAUGACAGCAUCCCAAAUUUUAGUGCUGCAGAUGUUUUAAGACUUACAGGAAUUGGGAGAAAUGAAUUUAUUGAUAUAAUGAACAAGUGCAGAUCUAAGAAAAUCAUGUGGAAACUGAACAAGUCAAUUGCAAAAGAACUUUUACCUACACAACCUGUGGAUUUUCCUAUUGAACCUUGGUGGGGAGUUUGUCUGGUGAACUUUACUUUGGAAGAAUUUAAGAAACUUUCAGAAGAGGAAAUGGCCAUGAUAGAUAAAGUAUGUAAGGAGGAAGCAAAUUCAUUUAUCCUGUUUGAUCCUGAUGUUGUGAAGGGUCUUUAUAGCCGGGGAUUGAUCUAUUUUGAUGUUCCUGUAUAUCCUGAUGAUCGGUUUAAAGUUUCCAGGCUUGAAGGUUUCGUUUCCAACAGGGAGCAGUCUUAUGAAGAUCCCAUUGAAGAGUUAUUAUACGCAGUUUUUGUUGUUUCAAAUGAAAAUGCAUCUGUUGCUGAAUUGGCAGCAACCCUACAGGCUGACUUGUCACAACUGCAGGCUGCUGCAUCUUUUGUAUGUCGAUUGGGAUGGGCGACAAAAGUAAUUGAUCCAGCCUCUAUUCUUCAAGAUACAAACAUACCUGGUUCUCCAAAAAGUGCAGUCAAUGAUGAAGAUGCUUCUAUUGCUAGUCAUGGUUUUGAUAAUAUGCUUAUUGAUAAUGACAACAAUCAAAGCGAUGCCUAUGGUCCUCAUUCUUGCCAUACUCGUGUUGCUUUCAUAGUUGAUGCUAAUAUAACAUCAUAUCUUAUGAUGGGUUCUGUUUCACCAGGCCUGAAAUCUCAUGCUGUUACACUCUAUGAAGCGGGUAAAUUGGGUCAUGCCAGUAUUACUGAUCUUUGCAAGGAUCUUAGCACUCUGGAAGGUGCCAAAUUUGAGGGAGAACUGCAGGAAUUUGCUAAUCAUGCAUUUAGCUUGCGUUGUGUAUUAGAAUGUCUACAAUCAGGUGGAGUUGCUUCUGAUGCAAAAGUGGGUGAAGAUAAGAUGGAUUUGGCUACUGUAAGCAAUGAUGAGUUUAGUUCUCUAAUAUCCGAAAUCUCUCUGACUGAAAAAUCAGGAGAAUCUGGUAUUACAGAAGCUGGGAUGAAUAGCUAUGAUAUAUUAAGUUCAGAUUUAGAGAAGUCAGUAGAGGCUCCUGCUUCCACUGAAUCUGCUCCUAGUAAUAUGGUUGGUGGAACCCGUUCUAUUCCUUUGGAAGGUGAUGAUAGUCAUGUACAGGAAGCCAAUGAAGAUGGGAAUCUCCAGAAUGAUGAGAAACUAAUGGUUGAAGAGUCGGAUGUUGGAACUGAAAUGUUAAAAAGAAAAAAGAAAUAUCGUGUAAACAUUCUCCGCUGUGAAAGCUUAGCUUCUCUUGCACCAGCAACUGUUGAUCGAUUGUUUGUUCGUGAUUAUGAUGUAGUUGUGUCCAUUGUGCCUCUUCCUCAUUCAUCAGUUCUUCCUGGAUCCACAGGUCUGGUUCAUUUUGGUCCCCCCUCCUAUUCUUUUAUGACUCCUUGGAUGAAAUUGGUAUUAUAUUCAACUGUAGCUAGUGGGCCUCUAUCAGUUGUUCUGAUGAAAGGACAGUGUCUGCGCUUGCUUCCUGCUCCAUUGGCUGGUUGUGAGAAAGCUCUCAUAUGGUCCUGGGAUGGUUCCGCAGUAGGAGGGUUGGGAGGGAAGCAUGAAGGAAAUUUAGUAAAGGGAAGUAUACUCCUGCAUUGUUUAAAUUCACUUCUUAAGCAUUCAGCUGUGCUGGUGCAGCCCCUAAGUAGGUUUGACCUUGAUGAAUCUGGAAAGGUGAUUACAAUGGAUAUCCCUUUGCCCUUAAAGAAUUCUGAUGGAUCAAAUACCUAUGUUGGAAAAGACUUAGGAUUAUGUGAAGGGGAAAGUUCAAAACUGAAUUCUCUCCUGACUGAUUUGGCAAACAAGAUGGAACUGUGGACGGUUGGGUAUAUUCGCCUACUGAAAUUAUAUAAUGGACGAGAAUCAAACCAGUUCUCACCUGAAGAAGAGAAGUAUGAAUGGGUUCCGUUGAGUGUUGAAUUUGGGAUGCCACUAUUCAGUCCAAAGUUGUGUAAUGAUAUAUGUCAAAGGGUUGUUUCAUCUGAAUUACUUCAAUCUGGCUCAUUUGAAAAACACCAUCAUGCAAUGCAAAGUUUAAGGAAAAACUUGCGUGACAUUUGUGCUGAGUACCAAGCAACAGGUCCUGCUGCAAAGAUUCUUUACCAGAAGGAGAAAGCUAAGGAAUCCUCUCGACAACUUAUGAGUUAUGCAAGUGGAAGGUGGAAUCCGCUCAUGGAUCCUUCUUCUCCAAUUUCAGGGGCCUCAAGUGAACAUCAAAGGUUAAAACUUGCCAAUCGAAAACACUGCCGAACUGAAGUUUUAAGCUUUGAUGGCAGCAUUCUUAGAUCUUAUGCUUUAACUCCUGUUUACGAAGCUGCUACAAGGCCCAUUGAAGAAGCUACUCAAGCCAACUCAGUAAAAGCUGAAACAGAUGAGAGUGAUAGUAAAGAAGUAAUCCUUCCUGGAGUGGAUCUUAUUUAUGACGGUUCUGAGUUGCAUCCAUUUGAUAUAGGUGCCUGCCUCCAGGCACGGCAACCUAUUUCCUUAAUAGCAGAGGCAGCAGCUGCCUCAGCAUCUUUAGCAAUCAAAUAGUUCUACAGUUAAUGUAGAUUACACUACUUCGAAGUGCAUGAAUGGUAAUGCUAGCGAGUGAUGUGCCAAUGUUAUUGCUACUGUUUGGUUUGUUACCAUCUUCGAGAUUUUUCGUUGCCCUUAUUGUUGGGCUCUGAAGGUAAGUUUCACAUUUUUCCUGUUGUAACGCUGUUUUAGUUGUUAAAAACUACUUUCAAUGCUCAACCUUGUCGUAGUACCAGCAGCAGCCUUAAGUCUUUGAAACGAGGAUGUAUUAAAAUGAUGCCCCAACAGAUUUGCGGAAGUUGCGAAGAUAAUUUCUUUCUAAGGAAUUCCUUUCUAUUUGCUCUGCA